GCUAUGUGGGGCGGUGCAAAGUGCACAGUACGCACUGUUGAUGCAUUGGAACAAAGUACACCAUGUACAUUUUGUAUCUACUUUGAGAGUACACAAGUCCUGCGGCUGGACAGGGCUGGGCUGGGCUGGACUGGGCUGACGAAACGGCCGCCUUGUGGGAUCAAGGCCGAUCCUGAUCCUGCUGCUGCUGCAUGCGUGCAGAUUGAUGACGGCUGCACUGGUCAGCAAGUAGCAGCAUUAUCACGACUGCCAGGACCACUACCAUGGAACGAAAAGGCCCCAGAAAUCCCAGAAGCCACCGAAGUCCCAGGGAAAUGAAGCCUCCCCGGUCCGUCUACUCUGCAUACUACACCCCAAUCUGCGCAUCUGGCCUGGGGUGACGCAUCUCCAAUCCCCUCGCCGCGCUCAGACUUCGCCGACCUUCAUCUCAUUCUCUCUCCGUCCGCCGGGUACAUGGCAUGCUCUCGACUCUUUCGGCCGGUCCACCUCUAUCCACCACCCACUCACUUGCACUGACUCGCCCACGCCCGACCCCCGUGGCUGUUGUCUGCGCGAUUACCGCUACACGGCCCGGGGCAACCAAGACAGAAGUCUCCACCACUCACCACUCGCUCACCUGGGUGGGCUCCCCCACAGCAUUCCCACCCAUAUCGGUCCGCCUCAAUGGAGAUGACGUACGCGUUCUAGCAAUGCAAUGCGGCCCAGUCAACCAGUCAACCAGUUCAGCCAGUUGCCUCCUCGCUUCGCCCAUCCUGUCACCUCUCGCCAAGCUAAGCUACGCGCCUUACCCUGACCGUCCUCUUCACACAUCGGUAGAUAAGAACUACCGCUUUGGGAAACUCUCCACUCCUCCUCAUGCCUGGGAUUCGCUCGCGCCUUCAAGGGUAGCACAUCACGCGGCAAGUAAUUACUGA